AUGUCGUCCAGCAAGUCAUCGUCCAUGCCUGCGCCGCACCGGCUGCGGACCGGCCUGCACCACCCGGUCCUCCGCACGUGGCAGAGUGAGGCCGAGGUGACGCUCGCUGACAUUGUGUACCCAAUCUUCCUCACUGCGCCACGCGAUGCCAAGGAGGAAAUUGCGGCGAUGCCGGGCCAGUUCCGGCUGGGCGUCGACGUGGUUGUGGACCACCUUGCGCCGCUGGUUGCUGGCGGCCUGCGUGCGCUGCUGCUCUUUGGCGUCUUGCCGGAUGACGCGUGCGCCAAGAAGGACGGCACGGCGUCGUACGCCGACGCGGCAGACAACCCGGUCAUGGAGGCGCUGCCGCUGCUCCGGAAUGCUUUUCCGGACGUCCUCCUCAUUACCGACGUGUGCAUGUGCCCCUACACCGACCACGGUCACUGUGGCAUCAUCGAGAACGAGUACGUGUGCAACGACGCGUCAGUGGCCCGGCUCGCCGAGAUCGGUGUCUCGUACGCUCGCGCCGGCGCGCACGUCCUUGCGCCGUCCGACAUGAUGGACGGCCGUAUCGGCGCGCUCAAGGAUGCGUGCAUCGCCGCAGGCCUCGAGCAGGUCUCAGUCAUGUCGUACUCGGCCAAGUUUGCGUCGGCCUUCUACGGCCCGUUCCGCUCGGCGGCAAAAUCAGCACCUUCAUUCGGCGACCGCCGGACCCACCAGCUUCCGCCCGGCGCCAAGCGCAUUGCCAACCGUGCCCUCGUCCGCGACAUCCGCGAGGGCGCCGACAUCCUCAUGGUCAAGCCGGCCAUGCCGUACAUGGAUCUCAUCCAGGACGCCGCCGCCCAGUCGUCGCUCCCGGUUGCCUGCUACCAGGUCUCCGGCGAGUUUGCCAUGAUCUACCAUGCUGCCGCUGCUGGCGCCCUUGAUCUCAAGGCUGGUGUCCUCGAAUCGCUGACCUGCCUCAAACGUGCUGGAGCCACCAUCCUUAUCACCUACUUUGCCCCGCAGCUUGUCGAGUGGCUUGGCUCGUCCGAGUAA